AUGCCUACCUCAGCUAGAAGCACCUGCCGAUCCCCAAAAGCCUUCUUCACAGGCCUUCUGGAGGCAUAUAAUGUUGCCCUUAUCCUCACAACCUCCAGGAGUUGCCCUUUGCCCUAUAGUCGACCGCAGCAAGAUCAAUCGACAGUUGAACUCGCCUUCAGAAACAUGCUUCCCCGAUCAGCAGCUUCAGCAGCUUCAUUGAAUGAGGACAACCGCUGGUGCCUGCGAUGCCUCGGUUUCUACGCUGGCGUCUACCGUGCUAAGAAGAAGCCGCCUGCGAACUACUAUUGUGAGAGAAGACAUUCAAAAGGAGCAGUGGCCCCAAGCAAUGAAGAUUAUCGAGAAGACCAGGGCGGUCAUGCUGGCGGAACAGUCUGA